UGCAACAAUGCCUGUGAUAAGACCCCCGAUGUCUGCUCUUCUUUCUCAUGGGGAGGACCCGGAUCAGGGUCCGGUGACCUUUGAGGAGGUGGCUGUUAAUUUCACCCAGGAGGAAUGGGCCCUGCUGGAUCCGGAUGAGAGAUCCCUCCACAGGGACGUCACGGCGGAGAACCGUCAGAUGGUGGCUUCUCUCAAUUGUGGCAAAAGUCGUUUGGCAGCCAUGGGACCUCUUGAAUUCCUGGCUACCAUCUCUUCAUGUCACGACCACGAACUGUGGGAGCACUACGUAAGAGAUCAGGGAAGUUACACCAGAGGAGGGCCCUACCAAAACACCACGUGUAGGCAAGAUCUUGUUAAAAGUGUGGCACCUACACUUCAGGAGAAAGAACACACUUCAGACCAAAGGAUCAGUGGAAAAGUAUACAGGAAAGCUUUUAAUAAAAAAACACAACCUGCAAAUCAAAAGAUAAUUGCCAGAGAAGAAAAGAAAUACCAGUAUCAGGAAAAUGGGAAAUGUUUGGAAAGGAAUUCCCUCCUUGACCUGCGCCAGAGUAUUGACAAUAAUAGGAAAUUCUACAAAUGUCAGGAAUGGGGAAAAUCUUUAAAUCACAAUUCAGUCCUUUUGAAAUACCAGAGAGUCCACACUGGAGAAAAACCAUACAAAUGCCAAACGUGUGGGAAAUGUUUUGCUCGCAAUAGUAAACUUCGGAGACACCAGAAAGUCCACACAGGGGAAAAACCAUACAAAUGCCAAAAGUGUGGGAAAUGUUUUACUCACAAUUCCGGUCUUCAGAGUCACCAGACAGUCCACAGAGGAGAGAAACCAUACAAAUGCCAGGAAUGUGGAAAAUGUUUUGCUCGAAAAUCUCAGCUUACUGUUCACCAGAUAGUCCACACAGGAGAAAAACGAUACAAAUGCCAAAAGUGCAGGAAAUGUUUUGCUCACAAUUCUGGACUUCGGAGACACCAGACAGUUCACACAGGGGAGAAACCAUACAAAUGCCAAAAGUGCAGGAAAUGUUUUGCUCACAAUUCUGGACUUCGGAGACACCAGACAGUUCACGCAGGGGAGAAAUCAUACAAAUGCCAGGAAUGUGGAAAAUGUUUUACUCGCAGUUUUCACCUUUCUGGUCACCAGAGA